AUGGAAGAUUGCUUAUUUGAGAUUAAAGGGGCUGGGUAUAAAAUAUUGUAAAUUUUUAAGUUCAUAAAUAACUAUUCAAAAACAAUUGGAGAAUGAUGCACAAAGUGAUGACUAACAUAUUGUGAUUAAUGAUAAUGAUGAAUUAAUGCCUUUAUUUAAAGUGAAUGUUGAUGGAGUUCAAAGAAUUUUGGAGAUUAUUAGAUCUAAUAUUACCAAAAUUGAAGAACUAAAAAAAGGAUAUACUAGUGCAACUAGAUCAGAUGCAGAAAAAGGUUGUUAUAUAUAAAUUAAAUUAUCUUAUAGAUGUAAGUAUGAAAUUGGAUAGAAUAAUACAAUAAAAUAAUUAAUAAUAAGAGAAAUUGAAAAAAUUAAUGGAAUAGAUAGCUUAGGAUGUUGAAGAGGCUAAAGAAAAAGAACCAGAUGAACCUGAAACAAGAAUGAAAAUGGAUAUUUGGGCUGCAGUUAAUCUGAAAGUUUAGGGAGUUUUGUAAGAGAGUCAAAAAGCUCAAUUAGAUUUCCAAAACAGUAUGAGAAAUAAGAUUAAAAGACAAGCAGGCUGUUUGGAUUCAAAUCUAAAUGAGAAUUAAAUUGAUGAAUUAUGUGAAGAUCCAAAUGUAUGAUUUAUUUGAUGUAGAAAAUGCAAGAACUAUUACAAAAGAAAAUCUAUGGAUAAGCGUCGAUACAAUUAUAGAACGCUGUUCAAGAUAUUCAAGAAAAAUAUCAAGAUAUAGUUAAAUUAGAGAGAGUAUAAUUAAAUAUUUACUUUUUUUUAAGAGUGUUCAAUAAGUGUAUUAACUUUUUGUAGAUAUGGCAGUAUUGGUUAAGAAUUAAGGAGAAUUGAUUGAUAAUAUUGAAUAAAACAUGGUAAAAGCAAAGGAUUACGUUAAAAAAGGAGAGGCAUAAUUGAUUAAAGCUAAAAAAGAUCAUUAAGCUGCUAGAAAAGUAUAUAUAUAAAUAUAUUGAUCAUAGAAAAUGUGUUGUAUUAUUAUGAUUGGACUAGUAUUAAUAUUGGUUAUAGUUGGUCCUAUUUUAGGAACUUCUUUAUGA